GAAACCUUGCUUGCUACCUACAAGACGAUUGGCCGGUCAGUGGUCAACUAUGCUGCUCCAGUGUGGUCGCCUUCGUUGAGUGAUACUCAGUGGAGAAAUAUUCAAAGCUGUCAAAACGCAGCCUUAAGGACCGCCACAGGCUGCCUUCAAAUAACCUCCGAACACCACCUUCAGGAGGAAACCAAGGUUCUACCGUUCAAGGAACACAAUGUCAUGUUGACGCAACAGUUCCUUCUGGGAUGUCAUCGGAGGAGUCAUCCAAACUUCAACAUCACACAGUUGGAAUCUCCCCCGAGGCAUGUCAGACAGGACCUUCGGAAAUACGAGGAGAACAUACAGAGGUAUGUGCAGGAUCCAUUUGAUCGCCGUUCGUAUAUGACAGAUUUGAACGACAUUCACAGAGACGCCAUCAAUUCCGCGGUAGCAGGAUACCGUAUGAAUGUCGUACUUGGAGGUCGCCCACCACCGAUAGCAGACGCCGAGAAGAUUCUGCCGCGUGGAACAAGAGUCGUUCUGGCACAACUUAGAUCAGGAUGGAGCAACAGGCUUAAUGCCUUUUGGUCCCGCAUAGACCGUGCCGUCCUUAACUUAUGCCCAGCAUGUGGUCAGGGUCCUCAUGACACCCUCCAUAUAUUUAACUGUUCAGCCAACCCUACUUCACUCAGUCCAAUGGAUUUAUGGACUCAUCCUGUUGAAGUAGCUCAAUUUCUUGGACUUGAACAACAUGCAGAACCACCAGAAAAUCCAGAUUGAUUAUUGUAAAUUGUUCAUGCUGCUACAACAACAACAACACAAUAUAAUCAUUUGGAUGUAAAAAAAUCAACGAAACAAUCUCAAUCAAUUGUUCAUCAACAAUUUAAUAUUAGAUUUUAAUAGAAUUGAUAAAAAACUUUAUAACUUUAAUUCUUUAUACACAAUUUAAGACCCUAAUUUUAUAAAUC